UCAAUCUGAACCAAAAUUAAAAAAUGAUUGUAUUCUUGGAUAAUGGAGAACCAACUCUACCACCUGAUCUUCUCCCUGAACUCCACUCCGAUCGAGAUCCCUCCAGAGAAUUGGCAAUCAACUUCCUCCGCCAUGAAUCACGUUCAACACCAGACCUCCAAAGCCACUUUACACAGGAGAGCCGAGUUCAUGGAUUCGAUAUCGUGCCAAUUGCAGCCAAAUAGAUCGACAACGUGGGUAGGGCCAUCGACUUCUGCAAUGAGAUACAUAACUGUUUUGUCCGAGUCCUGUGAUUGCUUGGAAGCACACUUAGCAAAUUAAUGUCGCAGAAACAUUCAGGAUUUCAUCAGUAGUAGCAUCUCAAACCCCUCAAAUGUAGAUUUUAGUCUCCCUUCAUUCAAAUUUCUCAUUCCACCACUGAGCAUCACAAAAAAUAAUUGUGUCAUCAACAUAUAACAGAUGAGUAAUCUCACCUUUUUGCUCUUCUUCGUUCAUAAAGAAACCUGUAAGCCCGCCAGCAGUCUUGAUCUCAUUAAGGAUGAAGGAAAGAAUAUCCAUGACAAUAGCAAAAAGAGCAGCAGACAAUGAAUCACCUUGUCCAAGGCCCUUCUCCAUAGGGAAAAAUCCACAUAAUCCAUUGAUUUGGGAAGCCUAAAACAGUAAGAACCGAGAAAAGGACAAAUUGGGAGUUGUUAUGCUAUAUUGCUAUGUGCUAUUGCUAUCUCUCAGCUGUUUGGUUAUUUCUUUCUCUCUCUUUUGGACAUGAGAGUAUAAAGCCAAAAGGUUUAAAGGAAAAUAAUUAACACCGUCUUUUCAAAAAGAAGACAACACGUACACAAUCUCCCCAUCAAAUCAAAUGAUCCAAAGCUUGAGAAAACGAUGGCACUAUGAAAAGACAGAACAGAUGAUAAUGGUGGAAAUGGAGAGAAAUCGUCAAUCAACUUUAGCAGCACAUUUGGUCCGAGUCCCAUCUCUUCCGCUAGCUGUCUAGCACCAAAUUGAGAAACUGGACCCCCCCUGUUCACAAUUACUUUGACAGACAUUUCUAUCUCCUGAAAUGCUCUCUGAAAAGCUCUCUGAAACCCCACCGGCGACAGGAAAUCUCAACCCUUCUGAUAGGCCGCCGGACCAAGGAGUGACACCGGUCCCUCUGCAAUGUAUUCCAACUGUGACCCCAAUCUCGAUCAUCGAAGGAAACACCCCAGGGAGCGAGUCCAUGGCGGUCGAUGAUCAACCGAACCUUUCCGAUGAAGGAGCUUCGAAGACAGGACCUAUUUCUUAUGCGAGUGCUGUCACCGGAGCUCCUGCCAGCCCUGCUGCGGGGAUGGUAUCCUGGACACCAGUCGGCGAACAUGAUUUAGUUCAAGGUCUUUUCAACGGGGAACCCGAGCUGAAAGUUUCCGACAGUUUCAGAUCCAAGUUAAGCAAACCCUGGCAGCGAUCUUUGGUGGUGCGCACCUUAGGGCUCCAGAUAUCCUUCACUACGUUUAACAAUAAGCUUCGUGCUCUAUGGCGACCCACAGGAUCAAUGGAGGUCAUGCUCCUCGGAUCUGAAUGCUUUAUGGUGAAACUCAGCAAUGACGGGGACUACUUCCGAGCUCUCACGGAGGGACCUUGGACGAUUUUCGACCACUAUUUGCUGGUCCAACAAUGGACACCAGAAUUUCGUCUCUCUGAUAAGCUCCCGAGCUCGAUGAUCAUCUGGGUCCAGCUCCCAGCUUUCCCGGUCCACUUCUACCAUAAGGAGGUGCUCUUCUCGCUGGGGAAUAUGAUCGGACGCACUAUCAAGCUUGAUUAUCACACCCUUCAUCAACAGCGGGCAAGAUUCGCUAGGAUUGCGGUGGAAAUCGAUCUAGCAAAGCCACUGGUGACCAGAGUUCGGCUUGAUGGAGCAUGGCAAUACUUGGAGUAUGAAAAUCUACCGGUUUGCUGUUUUGAAUGUGGGAAAAUCGGCCAUACUAAGGAGACCUGCCCCAACCUGAAACCCCCCUCUCCUCCGCAGCUAAGCUUGGUGGUGGCUGGGGUCUCGCCGUCGCCGUCGCCGGAAACGACUACCGCGCCGGAAGAGAAAUCAACAUUCGGACCUUGGAUGCUUGUUACCCGGAAAUCGCGGCGAGGAAAUAGCACCACAAGAAAAGGAAAUUCCGAUUCCUCUAAUAAUGACAGCGGAUACCAAGUUAAGAGCGGAAAUGGAAAGGCCACCGCGAGAGAGGGCUACGCCACAGCCGAAAUUUCCCAGGGAGCCAAUCGCGCGGGGCCUCAACGGGCUGAAGGAGGAAAUGGCGGAAAUAAAUCAGACAAGGAUCGGGGGUCUAUGGCAGGGAAAAAGGGGAAAGAUGGAUCAGAGGAUGGUGCGUCCAUGGCAGGGAAAAAGGGGAAAGAUGGAUCAGAGGAUGGGUACGGUAAGGAAAGAGGGAAAAGCAUUCUCGGCCCAGUCCCUCCUAAACAGCACUCCAACUCUCCAAGGCCCAAAAACGCUCCCCCUAAGAACAAUGGGCCGUCGGGAUCAGGCACUAAGCCCAUUCAACUUCCUAGCCCUCGGAAAGUGCUCUUUGCUGGGUUGGAUCAGACCCCAAGCUCUCCCUCACUGACAACAUUACCCAGCGCAAAAGGAACGACCAUACAACUGGUUAUUCCGGCCCAACCGAAAGGAAGUGCCGACCAACCAGUAGUGGAAAGCUCGCCAUCUGCUUCGGCUCGCACCAAAGGUCUGAAAAAGCAAAGGAAGAAAAAUAAAUCGCCAGGCAAAGCGUCGAGACCGAUGGCAGCAAAGGCGCUUCAAAUCUGGACUCCGGUAAAAGAAAGGAAAAGCAAGGCACGAUCGAAGAUGGCGGCGCUAACGCUCCAAGAGAUCGAAGCGUGGACUGGCGCGGCCAACCGGGCAGAGAGAGUCGAAGUCCUUGAAUCCAUUCCCGGCGACAGCACCUCGGCGGCAAAGGAGAAGGCCAUUCAGCCCUCCUCCAGCUGAUUUUGGACCCUCUCGGCUGCUCGCCCUUUCCUGCCCCUCUUUUGUUCUCUUUUAAUUUUUUCUUUCCGCCAUGUCUGUUAGUUAUUCAAUGAAUUGCAAAAUCAUUG